AUUAAUUAUAAUUUCCAAACCAUGGUAAUACUAUCCAAAGCUACAGAAAGUUACACGAUUAACGCACAAUGGAUUCAGGCACCGAGCCGCAGCAAGAGGCGUCGGAUAACCCCAACGACGACGUCGUUUCCGAAGAGUCUUCACCGGAAUCCGAUGCCACACUGUCACCAAUUCCACCCGAAAUCCAUCACGAAACUGAAGAUGCCUUAAACACACCGGAAACCAACAACUCUCAGUCCCCACCCAACAAUACGACACUCGAGGCUCCCGUUUCGGACUCUCAAGAUGAUUCGUCUGAUCCCACUCCCGAAGAACAACAACCCAGAAACCCUAACCCCGCUGAACCGGGCCCGCCUCCUAGAAAAAGGCGCCGUAGAAAGCGUUUCUUCACCGAACUCAACGGCAAUCCAUCGUUUGCCAAGAACCGCCGCCCUAGAUUCUCGUGCCUGGCCAAAGAAGUUGACACUGAAGCUCUUAUCGCGAUAUCGGUUGGAUUCCCUGUUGACUCCCUGACCGAAGAAGAAAUCGAAGCCAAUGUAGUAUCUAGAAUUGGAGGAAUCGAACAAGCCAACUAUAUUGUUGUGAGAAACCACAUUCUAGCUCGCUGGAGAUCAAAUGUUUCUGUUUGGUUGACGCGUGAACAUGCGCUUGAGUCAAUUAGGUCCGAGCACAAAGCCCUAGUCGAUUCUGCAUAUAAUUUUUUACUAGAGCAUGGUUACAUUAAUUUUGGACUGGCACCGCCUAUUAAAGAAGCAAAAUUGAGGUCACUCGACGGUGUGGAGAGGGCUCAUGUGGUGGUUGUGGGUGCAGGACUUGCAGGUUUAGUUGCUGCUAGGCAGUUGAUUUCAAUGGGGUUUAGGGUUGUCGUUCUGGAAGGUAGGGCCCGGCCUGGGGGACGUGUUAAGACUUGUAAGAUGAAAGGCGAUAGCGUGGUCGCUGCAGUGGAUUUAGGAGGUAGUGUCCUCACCGGAAUAAAUGGGAAUCCGCUUGGAGUUCUUGCUAGGCAGUUAGGGCUGCCACUACAUAAGGUGAGAGAUAUUUGUCCUUUGUAUCUACCUAAUGGUAAAGGAAUUGAUGCUGAUAUUGAUUCUAGAGUAGAGGUUGCUUUUAAUAAGUUGUUGGAUAGAGUUUGCAAACUUAGACAUGCUAUGAUUGAGGAAUUUAAAUCUGUAGAUGUUCCAUUAGGAAGUGCUCUUGAAGCCUUCAGAAAUGUUUAUAAAGUUGCCGAGGAUCCACAAGAGCGAAUGCUCUUGAAUUGGCAUUUAGCAAAUUUGGAGUAUGCAAAUGCUUCAUUGAUGUCUAAUUUGUCGAUGGCUUUUUGGGAUCAAGAUGAUCCAUAUGAGAUGGGUGGUGAUCAUUGUUUUAUUCCUGGUGGCAAUGAAAGGUUUGUUAGAGCACUUGCUGAGGAUCUUCCGAUAUUUUAUAAAAGGACUGUGGAGACUAUCAGAUAUGGAGUUGAUGGGAUUAUGGUGUACGCAGGUGGUCAGGAGUUCCGUGGAGAUAUGGUUCUUUGUACAGUGCCAUUAGGUGUACUCAAGCAAGGAAGGAUUCAGUUUGUACCCGAGCUUCCACAAAGAAAGAAAGAUGCAAUACAGAGAUUAGGUUAUGGAUUGCUGAAUAAGGUUGCAAUGUUGUUUCCUCAUAAUUUUUGGGGUGGAGAGAUUGAUACCUUUGGGCAUUUGACAGAAGAUUCAAGCAUGCGAGGUGAAUUUUUUUUGUUUUAUAGCUAUUCUUCUGUGUCUGGAGGACCACUACUUGUUGCUCUUGUUGCAGGGGAUGCUGCAAUUCAAUUUGAGACUAUGUCUCCUGUGGAAUCUGUGAAAAGAGUAUUGGAAAUAUUGAGGGGUAUUUAUCAUCCAAAAGGGAUUGUUGUUCCAGAUCCAGUGCAGGCAAUCUGUACCCGCUGGGGGAAGGAUUGCUUCUCCCAUGGGUCUUACUCUUAUGUUGCAGUUGGUUCUUCAGGCGAUGAUUAUGAUAUCCUUGCGGAGAGUGUAGGAGAGGGGAGAGUUUUCUUUGCUGGAGAGGCAACUAAUAAACAGUAUCCAGCAACAAUGCAUGGAGCCUUUUUAAGUGGGAUGAGGGAGGCUGCUAACAUACUAAGAGUGGCCAAGAGAAGGUCAAUGGCUUUAACUUUUAUAGAAAAUAAUAAUGAUUCUAAGGAAAGUGGUAUUUUGGAAAAAUUAUUUGAGACCCCUGACCUAAAAUUUGGGACUUUUGAUGCUUUGUUUGACCCAAUGUCUAAUGAUCCUGAAUCCCAUGCUUUGAUAAGGGUAAAAUUUCAAGGAGAAAAGUUGGACUGUGGUUAUCUUUGUCUAUAUUGCUUGAUAUCACGGAAGCAGGCCGUUCACCUUAGUGAGUUAGAUGGAGACAAGAACAGGAUGAAAAUGUUACAUCACAAUUUUGGAGUGAGAUUGGUUGCAAGGAGAGGCUUGUGUAAUGCUGGAGAGUCUCUUAUCACUGGCAUUAAAGCAGCUAAACUAAACCUAGAUGAAGGUGUUUAAGAUUAUAUUCUGGUCUCAGAGAAAUAAGUUUAUUCAUUAGUUUGAGAAAUAGUUGGAUUUGGUUGACUUAUUAGAUUGUCAAAAUUUUCAAUUUAUUUCUGUUCGACUCUGGAUAGAUAUGUUUGGAGAUAGCCUUAAGUCAAUUACAUGGUUUACGUCAUGUCAGAAACUUUCACAUUCACAGGACUAGAUCCUUUUAUUUUAAUUUAGAACAUGAUUGAUUUCAUCAUACAAUUAGCAUUGAUUUCUAGUUAAAUUCUUUCCAGAGAAGUGACAUUUUCUUUAUCAACUUUCUGCUGUGCUUUUGUCUUUUCAUUUUAUUGUAUUGUUGUGGUUGACUACUGGAACUGAAUUUGUUUCAUUGUGCUGAACACCUCUGUAACUUAUUUUUUGUUUUUUGGUAAUGCCAUAAAUUAUAUAGGCCAGAACCAGAAGCAAUGUCUUUUGCUUGUAA